AUGAAGCGCUUUAUAAGCGACUACCACAAGGUGCAGACCUCUGGUAUGUAUUCCAGCGAAGUUCAAAAGGCAUUCAUAGAUGAUCUAAUGGCUAAAUUUUAUACUGAUAAUCCUUCAAUUUUACAACUAUCUGGGUUAGCUGACAAUUUAUAUAAAUUACUAUCAAAUAUACCCAAAAAAAAGGUUACUAGUGCUGAUUUUAUUGGUAAAAAUUACCCGUGGUACCACGAAGGACAUUCUAGUUGCAGUAACUUCACAAUUUCAGGUCCAAAAAAAGUCUCUCCUUUUGGAUUCCCAGUACUAAAUUUAUCAUCAAUAGACAAGACAAUUAAUCUAUUACUAACACUAGAUCCUAGUACAUUCAAUGCCAAAGACCAUUUGAAUUAUCGCUACAUAAACAAAAGAAAUGCGACAUUAAAUUAUUACUAUGAAUAUUUGAACAGUAUUAAUAAUAAUAAUAACUGUCCUGAGUGGGAUAGUUUCAUAGCUAUCCUCAGUGAAUUAAAUGGGUCACAAAUAACGGUAAAUAUUAAACUAGUACCACAAUUGGAUUAUAGAAAGAUAGCGAUCAAAAUGACACAACAAGCGCAGGGUUUAGAUAUUGGGUUUUCAAUACAGUUAAUUGGUGGUUAUGACGAUAAUGAUUUGUAUUUUAAUCGCAGAUUAGUGGUUACCAAUAACUGCAUUAGGCCUGAAGGGGUAACGGAUAUAUCAACACUACCUUUAACUCCCACUUAUAACUCUCUUGUUUUUGAAGAAUCACAAUAUUUGAUCAACCAAGAAUUGUUAUCUAAGGCUCUUAGAGAAUUUAAAAAUUUAGGUUCGGCAAUUUUGUUAAUGAAACUUUGGUUAGAGAGGGAUGAAUCGAAUUCAGCGUUAUUAAAGCAAUUUCCAUAUGGGUUAUUGAUGGCACAUGUAUGUAUGUCUAGAAAAUUAUCUAUUGGUGCAUCUAAUUAUCAGAUAUUUUCAUCCACCCUUCAUUUUAUCGCAAAUUUUAAAAUAAAUUCAGUAUAUACAUUUGGAUCUGAUUCUGUGACUGAUAAGAUUAAUACCGAUUUUGGUAAAGUCAAAAUAGACAAUUUUCCAGUUCUAGUGGAUUGUAAUGGCUACAAUUUACUAUGGAGAUGUUUUAUUGGAUUUUCAGGACUAAUAAACAGAUCAAAAGAAGUAUUGACACAACAAUUAAGCUACCUAUACGAUAACAUGUACUCAAAUAAACGACUGUUUGUCAACAAAAUAUCACUUAGUAUCCGUUUCUCUUAUAUAACACAACUAUACGUUAAUAGUAACGAUUCUAAUAAAUUAAAGGCGUAUAAUGAUAAAUAUGAGGAUUCGACUAUAGGAAAUUAUGUUUGUGGUUUAACUGAUGGAGAAUUAUCUGCAAUUUCUGCCAGAUCAAUACUGCAAUUGGCAUUAGCCGAUAGGUUAGACAACAUAGAUUUUAUCAGUUCCGAUGAUGGGUUGAUGAAAUUGCUCGUAAACUUCAAUACUGUGACGAGGAAAGUUGACAAGGGGGUACUAUCAUCUGGAGAUUUAGCUAAUGGAUAUAAAAAAUUUUGGCAUGGAUUAGCUGAGACAAGAAUUUUUGCGGGCCAUCAGCCCUUCCUUUGUAUAUUGCCUCACAAUAUAUCACAGUCUAAUGAAAGUCCAAAUAUAUCCAUUACUAGAUACAUCUUAACAUCUAACAACAUUUCAACUACACCCAUAAUUAACUAUGAAAGUCUUUACGCUGGUGUAGAUGAUAAAUUACAAAGUUAUAUCAUAGAUGCCAGACGGUCUUUUGAUGUGAUUAUCAAUAUUAUGUUUUCCUUGGAUGAGAAAAAUAUGCCGUUACGAGUUUCUCGGGUUACAUUAUUGGAUAAUGCAUCGUAUUGCCAUACUGAUUAUUGGGUGCCACUGCCAGUCUAUGUACAGCUUGAGUCAAGUAGUGCUUGGCCAACAGACGCUACGGCUGCAAAAUAUGUUACUACAGCGUUUUAUUUGUCACUGCAUAAAUCAAUUUUGACACAUCCAGAAUUUAAGGCUAUUAGUGGUAAGAAGACUAUCAUUCCGACUUGGAAUCACCUGGAAAUCAAACUGAGUGAUACUAUAUACAAUUUGUUCAUUGAUGGUACUGGGAGUGAUAUUGGCAAGGUUAAUAGGUUUGAGGCAAUCAAGGCAAUAUCACAAAGGGAAAUUUCAUUUGGUCCAGCGGUAAAACUAGCAAAAGAAUGGGCUGCCAAGAAUUGUAUCCCAGAUACAGAUGAACUAAUAGAGGCACUGGGUAUCCACGUCUACUGUUCUAGCAAGCCUAAAUCAGCUUCAUGCGGGUUUUACAGUAUUUUAGAUGUUUUGUGCAAUUUUGACUGGUCUAUUUAUACACUGAUAGUGUAUUUGGAUGGUACUAAUUCUAAAAUUGUAGACAAGGAGGAUAAUCAACCCAUAUCAAUAAGGGUCGGUGUGGAUAAAAUACUGGUCCCAAACCCCUAUCUGAUAUCAAUAUUACUACCAUUGGCUUCUUAUACUUUAGAAUCAACAUUCAAUGUGACUGAUAACUCCACAAAUCGUUUACCAGUGACGCAAAAUAACGUAAAGAAAGAUUUUACAAUCAUUUUAAAUAAUCCGUACAAUUCAUCGUCUGUGGAUGUCAAAAGGGAGGGGGAAUUCAUAAUAAAAUCGUUUGUGCAGACACUGAAGGAUAAAUUCCCCUACCUAAUCCUACUCUACAAUCCACUUGCCCUCGAUGGCAUUAGUGAAUCCGUCUUUAUUAGCGAAAGAGAUCAACCCGCAGUAACAUAUUUACAAAUUUACUGUAAGAUCAACCCAUUGUGCAUUCUAACAAUGUCAACACCAUACCUUACCAUUACGCACAAUGAGGGAUUGACUGCAAUGAAUAUAGCCCAAGUUAUCUCAGAGCUGACUGCAGCGGGAAGGGGUAUUGUUAAGGAAAUUGUUUUUUAA